AAGCAACAACAAGCCAUGUUCUAAUCUUAUGGACCAAAAAGUAAAAAUUAACCAUAAAUCGAACUUUGCACUACCACCACAUUCAGCUAGUCCUCUGCUAUAAGGACAAACAAGCAUACACUGGAUCUGGACUCAAGCCAAACCCAACAUGCCUUUCUCUGAGCUGUUAGCAGGGAAGGCGUUUGUGCCACCAACACCUCAAAUUACUCACCUGCCCUUCCUUUUAUUGCACGUUGGGUCUUUCAGUUCUGCAGAUGUUCCAGUGGUGCACAGGUUGAUCAGUAAGUUUAACAGGUAUGUACAAUAACAUAAAUAUAUUUAUUACUGUGUAAUAUAUGUUCAAUAACAUUGUUUUUUUCUUGCUGUAUUGAGUAUUAUUUUUCAAGUUUGCUCUGCAGUCUGGUUACUGAUUCACUUAUGAAGGCUUUAUUGUUCAGUGGCUUUGCUUGUGUGCAGUACAUUGGCCUCGUUUGCAUAUCAACUGACCCUCAACUAGUUUUUCUGUUAGAGGACUGGACUUUUAAGAUAAGGAUUCACUUUAUAAAUGAUUUACUAUUUAGUCUUUGAAUCAAUUUAAUGCAAACUGCAAAUAAAAAGUGGUAAAACUGAAUUUUUGCAGCAUUCACCUUCUAGGAUUAACUUUCAGCUGUGACAAAAUGUGCAAGACCUUUAUUUUGAAACUGACACUGGACUCAUCUCACUAACCUGUCAACCAGGAAGUUGAGCCAGGUGUGGGGCAUUUUGUGAGGCAGUUGUUCCUCAUUUCUGAUCCUGCGGUGACAAGUGGAAGAGCUGCAGACAGUUGUGUGAGAGGAGAAAAGUUCCAAGUGGAGUUGAUUGCUAAUAGAUGACUCUGUAAACAUGUUGGAUCCAAGAGGGCAUGAAACCAGAGGAAGCCAGAGUCUGUCAAUGGGGGCCAACUUCAUAAACGAUACAGAGAACGGCAGGAUUCGGAUCCUUUAUUUAGGCACUGAUCCCAAGCCACCAGAAUACGCUCAAGCCGUCCACAAGAAGAACACCGUGAAGGAACUGCUAUUGCUGAGACGCCAGAAAUGGAACUGCUCGCGGGACGACAACAACAUGGAGCAUAAAUUCAAAUUUGCAAAAUCUGAAGCUUUCUCCAACGACAUGAGUUGUCAUUGGUUUGGGCAUCCAGCACCAGUAAACUUCAAUAUUACCAAUCAAUGGGCUCCCGAAAAUGGUAAUAUUACCCCACAGCUAACGCAAUGUCCAGCUCUGUGGGGACAAGAGGCUCCGACUGCUGAGGUGAAAAUGACUUUAUUUCACUGGCAAAUACAGCAAGAGGCACAGAAAGUUGAAGGAAUUUCUCUGGAGCUGCUGAACAUGCAAGAUGUGGAUGGUGACACAUUUCUUCACAUAGCAGUGGCACAAGGUAGACGUGCUCUGGUGUACGUGCUCGCUGCACAUAUGGCCAGAUGUGGCUCUGUGGACGUGAAAGAACACAACGGGCAGACGGCUCUUCAGUUAGCAGCUGCCACCAAUCAGCAUUUGAUUGUCCACGACCUGCUGACACACGGAGCGCAGAUCAACACUCGAGACCUCUGGGGCCGCUCUCCUUUGCAUGUUUGUGCUGAGAAAGGCCACUUGCUCAGUCUUCAGAGCAUCUGGAGGACGUUAGUGGGAGGCGGCAGGCAGUCACUUGAUAUUGAAAUGUUCAAUUAUGAUGGUUUAACUCCGCUGCAUGCAGCAGUCCUGACUCACAACGCCGUUGUUAAAGAGCUGAGGAGUCUGGGAAACCCUUGUUCAUACAUGAAAACGGAGCUGGGGCAGAGGAGACAGAAGCAUGUUGAAUGUAUUAAGACUCUGCUGCUCAUGGGCGCCUCCUUUGGGACAAAGGAUCUUAAAAGUGGACGGACGUGUCUUCACAUGGCCUCUGAGGAGGCAAAUUUAGAGCUUCUGAGCAUUUUCCUCGACCAGCCAUCUUCACUGUCCGUCGUAAACAUCCCGACAUUCAGUGGGAACACCGCCCUGCACAUUGUCAGCGCUUUGCAAAAUCAUAAAACUCAAGUGGAAGCAGUGAAGCUGCUGAUGAGAAAGGGAGCCGACCCCGGCACCAGGAACUUUGAAAAUGAACUGCCGUCUCAGCUGGUGCCUGAAGGCCCCGUCGGUGAAAAGGUGCGGCAGGUCCUGAAAGGGAAAUAUUUUCAUGCUUAAGUGAAGCUCAAGAACACUGUCAGUCAGACAGUCCACACUAACUAUUAUUUGCCAAAAUAAGGCAGAUUGUGGUUGUUUCAGUGAAACAUGUCACAUUGUUCAUUACCAUGUAAUGUCCAAAUAGAAGAGGUUUUUGUGUUUUAGCUCUAUAAAUAAAGUGUAUACGUUAUUGUUUUUGUCAAUAAUCGGAUUCGUUUAAGAUUUUUUAAGGUUUGAUGAUUCAUGAUUAGUUAAGUUUUGUUUUUUAGAUUUAUGGAGGAUUGAAUCAUGGGUUUUGGUGUUUUUUUUUAGUUCAGUUUGAAAUUUCACUGCUAUACCAUUUGCAUAUUGUUGUUUAUUUGGUUGAGUUGGAGGUAUGAAUGGAAAUGUUGUACUGCAUGUCAUAUAUCAACAGUUAUUUUUAAAUCAUCUGUAGUUCCUGGAGAAAAUGUACUAUUACUCCACUGAAUGACAUUUUAUUGUGAAAAGUUAUGUUAUGUCAUGAGAUUUCUUUUUCAAAUAGUUUUAAGAGAUUUCAACAUUCUGUAUAUUUUUUUUAAAUGUUGAUUUUCUUUAGUUAAAGGGGAUGGAAACAGUUGACGCAAAGUUGUCUUUUGGUGUCUAUAAAGUCAAAAUGUUCAUGAGAAAGACCAGUGAAGAGGUUUGGAAGUGAAACUGAUAUUUUUCUAGUAGUAGCCAAUAAUAUUUAGGACUGUCCUGCAAUCCAGUCUGGUAUUCAAAUUUAAUUUUUGCAUUUCGAUCUUCCAGUUACCCCUGGUCUGUAUUCAACAUUGUUUCUGUUGACUAUUUGUGUCAGUGUGUGAAAAUACUGUAAUCAUUUUUCAAUAAAGUUCUUUAUGUUGAUGAAGUUAAACAAAAUGAUGCACAUAGACAGUAUAUAUAAUUGUAUGAACUGUGUAUGUAUACAAUAUUGUAAAUAAAGAGUUGAUCCCA